AUGGAGUACAUCUAUUUUCUACGAAGGCGGAGAUACAAGGAGCGUGUAUAUCGCCACUGGAGCUCCUUUCUUGGCUUGACUGACGAGGAAUGCCAGGAAAAAUUGCACCUCUCCAGUGGUGUGGUUUUAGAGAUAUGCCGGCUAGUCGCAGACGAUGUGGCCAAUCCGUCAGGCCCCAGUGCUCUACCUGUGGCUGUGAAAGUCACAGCAGCUCUUGCCUUCUUUGCUAAUGGUUCAUUCCAGAACACCUUGGGCUUGGUGACGGGUGUAAGCCAGUCAGCUGUCAGUUGUGCUAUACAUGUUGUUUCUUCCAGUUUAGUCCGUCAUGCUGCGGAUUAUAUAGUUUUCCCUACCUCACCCGAGAGCCAGUUCAGAACUAAGCAAGAUUUCAUGUCUAAAUAUGGAUUACCUGGGGUUUUAGGUGCAAUAGACUGCACACACGUGCAGAUGCGUGCACCCUCUACUGAACCUCUCAGUUAUGUUAAUCGAUUGGGAGUCUACUCCAUUAACAUCCAGGUCGUGUGUGAUGCAAACUGCUUGAUGACACAUGUUUAUGCCAAUUUUCCAGGAUCUUCACAUGACUCCUUUAUCCUGGCCAAUUCUGUUAUUCCUACAGUGUUUCAGAGGGGCAGCCUGGAUGGGUGGUUGAUAGGCGAUGACGGCUAUCCUUUGAAGCCGUGGCUGCUUACACCAUACGUUACACCAACUACAAGAAAGCAGCAUGUUUUCAACAGUGUUUUGAGCAGGACCAGGUCAGUGAUUGAGCAAACUUUUGGAAUGUUAAAAAUGCGUUUCAGGUGUUUGGACCGCUCAGGUGGUACGUUACAGUACAGCCCCAAGAAUGUCAGUGCGUUCUUUGUGGCAUGCUGUGUACUUCACAACAUUGCCACACGCCAUGGAUGUCAUUUUGACCUCACUGAGGAGGCGUUACAGGAAUUAAGAAGAAGAGAAGCAGAGCUUCAUGAGCCGUAUGAGGAGACUGGAGAGCAGCUAACUGAAGCAUGGGAGGGACGGGACAACCUAGCUGCACAGCUGGUUCUACAAUUAAAUGAGACACCACAAGAGGAUUAA